GACUCAGCCUGCGCACCAGGAGCCGGGCGGGGACAGGGCGCCCUAGUCUUCCUCUAAGCCAGUCUGCGGAGGGAAGAAGCCGAACUUCCCCUCCCUGCCCCCAGGCCCCGGCGGCGGAGCGCGGCCGCGAUUCCCGGGCAGGAGCGGCGGAAUCAGGGCCGCCGGCGGCGGCGCGGCCACAGCGAGCGGACGCCGGGUUAGUGGAGAAGGCGGCGCGCCCAGCAUGGCUCAAGCCGUUCUCUUAGCUUGGCCACGGCUGCUGAUACCCCUGCUGUCUCUGUUCUGGUGGCGCACGGGAGCCGAGACUGAGGUGGUCAGUGUACUGGCCCCUGCCCAGGUGCACGGCUUCCUGGGCGACACCGUGAAGCUGCCAUGCAAAUUACAGCUCAUGGAGGAUAAAGUGACAGUGACUCAGGUGACUUGGACCCGGCAGAAGCCGACGGAGGCCAUCCGCAGCGUGGCAGUCUUCCACCCUACCCAGGGCCCCAGUUUCCCCGAGCCCGGGCGGUUGGAGUUUGUGGCCGCCAAGCCAGGAGAGGAGCUACGGGACGCGUCGCUGGCCUUGCGGGGGUUGGGCGCAGAGGAUGAGGCCAACUACACCUGCCAGUUCGCCAUGUUCCCUCAAGGCGGCAGGAGCGCCCGAACCUGGCUCCGGGUGCUGGCCAAACCCCAGAACAAGGCUGAGACCCAGGAGGUCCCACUCAGCCCACUCGGCCCAGAGCCUGUGCCUGUGGCCAGCUGUGUCUCCACGGGGGGUCGCCCGCCUGCCCACAUCUCCUGGUCCUCGCACCUGGACAGGAAGGCAAAUAAGAGCCAGGUGCCAGGGCCCCUGCCCGGCACCUUCACCGUCAUCAGCCUCUUAACCUUAACACCUUCAAGCCAGAUGGAUGGCGAGAACGUCACGUGCAGAGUGGAGCAUGAGAGUCUGGAGGAGCCGGCGUUGCUGCCUGUGAUCCUCAGCAUGCCCUAUUCCCCUGAGGUUUCCAUCUCUGGCUAUGAUGACAACUGGUACCUUGGCCUCCGUGGGGCCACCCUGCACUGUGACGUCCGCAGCAAACCAGAGCCCACGGGCUAUAACUGGAGCACGUCCACGGGACCCCUGCCACCCUCUGCUGUGGCCCAGGACACCCAGCUCCUGAUCCACACCGUGGAUGAAUCCAUCAACACGACUUUCAUCUGCCUUGUCACCAACGCCCUGGGGACGGGCCAGGCAGAACUGACAGUCCUGGUCAGAGGACUUCCUAGGGAGCAACCACAUUCGGGCUUGCCUCCUUGGAAAAUUAUCCUCCUGACUCUGGGAAUCCUGGUUGUUCUGGCCUUGUCCCUAUUCAUUUAUCGCUGGCGAUGCAGAAGCCUCUGUCACAAACGGCGCAGCCCCUCUGCUAAUGGCAAGGUCUCCUAUUCAACUGUGGACAGUAAAGACAGCUCUCCCCAGGAUCCGCCAACAGAGAGCACAAGGUGACAGCAUCAGGACCGAAUGGAGAGAGAGACUGCAGCUGGUGAGGAUGUGGGUCUCACAGCCAGACCCCGCCUCAGUAGAUGAAAUCUCCCUCCAAAGAGACCCUCCCCGAGCCAGACCUCAAGAAUGUCCCUUCUUACGUGCAAGUUCAGGGGUCCCCAAGACCACCUUCAGGUCGAAUCAUUCACUACAAGGACUCACAGAACUCAGGAAUGCUGUUGUACUCAUGGAUACUCAGUUACAGUUUAUUUCACUGGAAGUAUGAGAUUAAGGUCAGCAAUGUGAAAAGGCUUGCAGGGAAGGGUCUUGGAGAGACUGCACACAAGCUUCCAGUUGUCCACUCCCUGUGGAGUCAUGUGGACAACACUUACUUCUCCCAGCGAUGAUGUAUGACAACACACACACAAUACUGCCAACCAGAAUAGCUCAUCUCAGCCUUGGUUUCCAGGGUUUUUAUUGGGGGUCAAUCGUAUAGACACAACUGACCACCCACAUAGCUGACUUCAGUCUCUAGCACCAACAUAGGUCAGGCUAAUAUACUGUGGUCCAAGGCCCCCACCACAAAGUACACUGCUGGCACAGACUAUCCAGUGUGGCCCACGGCCACAGGUCAACAAAGACUCCUAUCAACCAGCACAUUCCAAGAGCUUAGAGGUUACUUCCCAGGAGCCAAGGGCAAAGGGCUAGGUAUCUUUUUGAACAAACUUAAUCCUUUCCUGCAUAGCAGAACCACACAGAAUGCUCCAACUACUGAAGAUUUUUUCAUAAGAAUCUGAUCUCUGGUCUUGAACUUCUAAAUCUCUGUAUAAUAUGGAAUGUCUGUAGUUACAAGAAAUAGCGAUGGACCGUUAUCACCAGAAGAGAACCAAAGGCUGGAGCCCAGCUGCCCGAGGCUGCCCAAGGAGCCAGCACAACUGGUGGUCAUGACCUUAGAGGCUGUCUGUUCCAAGCACCUUCUGCCAAGACUCAGCCCCAGGAGAACAUCUGUAGCCAGGGUGCUAAUAUUGACAAGAUGCUGGCAACCCAUCAAGGUAAAGCACGAAGUUGUUUCCAAAACAAGGAG